AUGGUGGAUGGAGCUUUGUUCCAACUUGCAGGAAAAGUCCUUGAACUGCUGGGUUCCAUCACUCUCCCAGAGGUCAAACUGGCCUUUGGUGUUAAGAUUGAGAUAGAAAAUCUAAAGAACACUGUCUCCACAGUCCAAGCUGUGAUUCUAGAUGCAGAAAAGCAGAGUUCUCAUAGCCAUCUGAUCAAAGAUUGGCUCAGAAAGCUCAAAGAUGUCCUCCAUGACGCAGAUGACUUACUGGAUUCUAUCUCCACUGAAGUUUUGCGGCACAAGGUGAUGAGUGGAAACAAAAUGACAAAGGAGGUACGCAUUUUCUUUUCAAGUUCAAACCAGUUUGCUUUUAGUCUUAAGAUGGGUCAUGAAAUAAAGGCAAUUAGGGAGAGACUAAAUUUCAUUGCAAAAGAUAAGGAUGAUUUCCACUUUAUUCAAAGCUCGAUUGAGCCACAAAUCAUGAAUAGGGGCAGAGAAACUUAUUCUUUUGUACUGGAAGAUGAAAUUGUUGGGAGAGAGAAUGAUAAGAAAGCGAUUAUAAAAUGUCUUUUCAAUGACAAUGUUGUAGAGAAUAUUUCUAUCAUUCCAAUUGUUGGUAUUGGAGGAUUGGGCAAGACAACACUAGCUCAAUUGGUAUACAAUGAUGAAACUGUCAAAAAAUAUUUUGAGCUUAAACUUUGGAUUUGUGUCUCUGAUACCUUUGACGCACAACAAAUUGUUAAAGAAAUUUUAAAACAAUUAACAAAAGAGAAGCAUGAAGAAAGCCUACAGCUGUUGCAAAAUCAGCUUCGAGAAAAAAUUAAUGGGAAAAAAUACUUGCUUGUCUUGGAUGAUUUGUGGAAUGAGGAAAAUAAUAAAUGGCUUCUCUUGAGAAAUUUGCUCAUGGUUGGUGCAAGAGGAAGUAGAAUAAUAGUGACCACACGCUCAGAAAGUGUAGCGAGGAUAAUAGGGGCAGUUUCAUGGCAUGCUCUAAGAGGCCUACCUGAAGAGAAGGCUUGGAGUUUGUUUGUAAAAAUGGCAUUUGAACAAGGUCAACUACCAGAGAACGAAGCCUUUAUAAGUUUGGGAAAGGAGAUUAUGGGGAAGUGUGAUGGGUACCUCUUACCAUAA